UGCUCGCCUUCGCCCCUCCACGUUCUCUCUCCCCUCUCUCUCUCUGUAGUAUCACGCUCAAAAGGAGUGCCGCCAAAGGAAACGAACGAGGCUGAAGGGACCAACCAAUCGGAGCACGAGCAUGCAAUCCGCUCGCUGCUGCUGUUCAUCCGUUAUAUAAAACCUCGUGCCCCCUCCUUUGCCGGCUCACCCACUCGCUCCAUCCCUUCCUGUCCAGUCCAGUCCCGUCCCGUCCCGUCCGACUGCUCACCACCCUCCGGCGCGCCAGUCCCGUCCCCGUCCCACUCAUUCCAUUCCAUUGCACAAAGCCCUGACCCCUGAUCGGCAGCGGCGGCGGCGGCGGCGGAGAUCGACAGAGGCGGCGCGCGCAGGAUGCCGUAGGCGGCGGUGCCGGUGACCAUCGUGCGGUGCGGCUGCCCGUGCUAGCUCUCUCCCACCACGUCAUAUCCCGUGCGUGACCUCGCGCCGCUCCGGCUGCGGGGCGAUCCCGCGCGACGAGGUCGACGCCCGCUUGGCACCCCGGCGAUCCCCACCGGUCUCUGAGGGGGCUGAGGACCGCAUGCGUUUUGGGUCUCCGACGCACCAACAAUUCAGGCCGAACACUUCCGCCAGCAGCUUCUAAAGCCCGCGACUUAGAUUCUGCCUUCAUCACCCAAACCCAAACUAACCGAAACAAUUUUGUUUUCGACCACAAAAAAUAGCAAUCUCUCGAAUUUCUCCAUUUCUUUCCGACGACCAAGAGGCGGGAAACCUCACAAAGGCCAGAAACCAAGCAACACUUCACGAUGCAGGGAGAUCCCGGGUACGGCUACGGUAGCUACGGGUACGGGUACGGCUACGGUUACGGAGCCGGCGCCGCCGGCUACGACUACGACAUGGCCGGCUACGGCAGCGGCGGAGCCGCCUACUACUCGGCGACCGACCGGUAUCCCGCCGCGACGGCAGCUGCCUAUGAGGACCCGCUCGUCGCUGGUCAGAGGCAGCACGACGUGCCCGCGCCGCUCACGGGGCUGGAGUUCCAGGCGUCCGACACGUGCCCCAAGAACUACGUCAUCUUCGACCAUACGUACGACCGGAGCCGGGUCAUGUUCCACCCGUCCCUGGCCAACAACUUCGCCUCCUCCCCCGCCGCCGGCGGCGGCGGCGGGUACGACUACGACCGCCAGUGCUACGGCGGCUACGACCAGAACUACGCCGGCAAGAGCGCCUACUACGUCUGCGCCGCCGCCGCCGCCGACGACGACGGCGGCGGGGCCUCGAUACGGCAGAAGGAGGACACCGACGAGAUCGACGCCCUCAUGAGCACGGAGGACGGCGAGGACGACGACGACGACGACGUCCUCAGCACAGGCCGCACGCCCGGGUGCCGUGCCGCCGGCUCCCCCGACUCUACGUGCUCGUCCGGGUACGCUGCCGCCGGCGCCGGUGGCGGCGAGAAGAAGAAGGAACGGAUGAAAAAGAUGGUGCGGACGCUCAAGGGGAUCAUCCCCGGUGUCGACCGGAUGGACACGCCGGCCGUCCUUGACGAGGCCGUGAGGUACCUCAAGUCUCUCAAGGUGGAGGUCAAGAAGCUCGGCGCGCGCGGGUCAAGCAGCUAGCUAAGCGCGCUGGCCUCGUCGGUAUGCGGCGGCGACCAUGAUAAUGUAAUGGCAGUCGAAAUCCCUCUCUUCUUUCUCGGCAUCGGCAGCUACGACAAGCCAGUCGGUGAACAAUACAUGCGGUGAUGACGACAAGGGACAGCUUCUCAUCUUGGCCUCAGAUGCACGUGCUCUGUUUGCACCGACAGGAUCAGGACAUGGCUUCGGAGAGAGCUCGGUUGCAGGGCGCUCGGCAAUCUUUUGUGGUGGCUCUGCCACCUCUAGCGUUCGUGCGUGCAUGGAUUGUUACAUUUCUUCCUUCGUAUCUCUUUCGUAUCUCUUGAUACCUCGUGGCUGGUGUUGUAACUAUCAUGCUGAUGAUAUAUAUAUACACACACCGUGUUCUUUUGUUA